CGUGGCUCUUCCCCCUGACCGGCAGCAGCAUCUUGUGCCCUCGGCGUGCCUCGGCUGCCUUACGCUAGGGCCACAAAUGAGUGUGCUUCUCAAGCCGGCAAAACAGCGACACCCGGGCUUCUCCUGAUGAUGAGAGCCGACGUCAGAGCGGUUUCCAUGAAUAUUGAUGUGGAGGAUAGUCUGUUACAUAGAAGAACAGAAGGAGGCAAGAUGGCUGCCCUUUAGGAUUUGUUAAAGAGGAGAUCCAGACGGUUUGUUGGAAUUUCUACAAAGUGGAGGGACGUAAAAAGGAGGACAGACAGAGGGCAGCCCUGUGGAUGGACUCUGAGUCGGCCAGAUGGAAACAAAACAGGCCAGACAUGAGGCGGAAGAAAGUCUGAUAUUAGCACAAUUUGGCCAAUCUCGAAACAUCUCACACAAAUUACAGAAUGGAGAUCAGUCUUCAGAGGCAGAUUCUCUGCAGAACACUGGGGAUACAAACUGGAACCAUUACAAGCCUAAUACAGGUGCCAACUCCAUGAAGAGGCACCGAGAGAAUUGCAACAGCCCAGCUUCAGGACAAGGGCUAUUUGAUCAAGGAGCCUACAUGAUGAAUGGAGAAUUGAUGAAUGGAGAGCAUGGGCUCACUGAGCAAUCCUUAAUGGUCCACCAGACCAAAAAGCUUAAAGUAGACACUGAGAUUCAAGGUAAUGAUGACACAAGCUCUAGUUUGUUGGCAAACUUUCCUGAGUUGACAAAGGCAACAGAAUUUGAAUGCAAGGCCCCACAUAGAGAGGUUAAGUUAGACGUUAGGAACUGUAAUUUUCCAAAUGGCGAUGUUUUCUGUCUACCAAGGAAUAAACAAGUUUCAAUUCCAAAUGGUGCUGUAUCGCCUUCCUCAAACAUAGAUAGCACUCCAGGUGACCUUUUAGAGAAAACUCUGUCUCAGUAUUAUCCUGAGCAAGUUUCAAUUGCACAACAAACACCUGGGUCAAACCUUGAUGCUGUCAAUGGUUCACUGGCAAACAAGAUACCCAGUGAAGGUGCUCAACACCCCUCUUUAACCUCAGGGUUGUCCAAUUCAGACCAAAGGCCUGACUCACAACAGCAGCCGCCUGGAGCAUCUGGCAGUGCUGAAGGAAGUAAAAAUUACAAUUCUGUCAACUAUGGAGUGAAUGGAUACUCAACCAAUUUUGCAGCAGAACACCAGCAGCAACAGCAUCAGCAGCGGCCACGUUCUUACUCUGGACAGGAGCUGCCUCUAGGUCAGCUGCCUGGUAUGAUAUCCCCUACAAAUACUGCCAACAGCUCACAACAACAUCCAAAUGGUCGACAGUGUUACCCAGAUGACACAAAUCCUCAAGGUAUAUAUGUGAAGGCCAACCAGGGGUUUACUCAGAACUCUUUUCUUGAAUGCAGUGCUCCUCUACAGACACCAGAGGAGGGUGGAUAUGACCCCUUUCCUAGCUCUGGGAUAGAUAAGAUCCGACAAAGUGAGGGACCCAGGUCUGGUCAGCAUCAUGGCACUGAUGGGGGCCAUCAGUUCCGGAUGCAACCCCAGGACUUUAAACAAAAUGCUGAGAAGCCACAUAGAGACGAUAGUAUGGGGCCCAGUCUCCAGCAGCCAUGUCAUCCUGGAUUAGAAAAUGGGAUGGAGAACACAUUGUCUAAGCAGAGAGUCAACGUAUCAUGUCCGACUCCCCACCAGAGAGGCUGGAUAGAGCUGAACUCUUCACAUUCUCCCCAGCAAUCUGGAAAUGGCCCGUUACCCCAGGCUCAAGAGCAGGAUAUGUGGAGGGGCUACUCUGCUAAGCCUCAGUCAGAGCAGCAGGCAGCUAACCAGCAGAUUCACAGCCAGAUGUUGGAAAUGAAUUCACCGCAAGGAUUCCAGACACAGGGAGUUUUCAGAGAUGGCAGUCAGGGGUCUAACAGCUUCCAGCAGCAACAACAUGACCGUCUCCCAGCCCAAACUCACUGUGUGCCAGCCCAGCACAACACUGCCCCUGAGUGUCAGCAAUCAAAUGCUAAAGCCCCUCAAAUGCAGCACCCCCAGAAAAGGCCUGAGCACCAUAACUUUCCCCCAAAUCGGCAAGCAGACAGCCAGUACCACACCCAGAUGCAGUCAGAGCACUUAUGUGAAGACCCUGACCUGCAGGAUAUACUGUCACCUGGGCUUUCAACAACAAAGCAACAACAGCACUGUCAUCUUCAGCGUCCAUUGUCCCACCCACCACAAUUUGAAGGGCAACCCAAGUCUACCAAUUACAGACCUCGCAGUCAGCCUGCUCCAGGUCAACAGCAGCUUCAACCUGCUCAACCCAACAACCAACAUAAUCAGCACACUGACCACAUAGCAUUCAGUUACAACAACUCAAAAGAAAUGCAACAAUUACAACAACAACAACAACGGCAAUAUCCACCAAACUCAGGCAGCAGUAACCUCACGCAAUUUCAACCGCAGCAGCCUAUCAACCACUGCCACCAGCCAAACCACACAGACUUUCCCCAGUCCUCUCCACAGUCACAACCUCAUUUACCACAAGGUGCAUUAAACCAACAGGUAUCAACACAAAUGUAUCCUAAAACUGAACAGCAUCUGCAGACAUCACACACCCAGUUCCAAAGGGGGCCUCGUUUACCUCUGGGACCUGCGAGUCCCCAUGGAGACUUUCAGAGGCACGCAGCCCUUCGUAUGCACUUGUUACAAAGGCAGGAGCGUCAGGGCCCUGUUCAUUCUCCCCAGAACACUAGUGACCACAGCUUCAGGGCUGUGAAAAUGGAAAACAGUACCAGAUUUGAGGUCCCUUGUUCACAGCAGCAGGAGCAUCAGAUACAGAUGCGAGAGGCAGGAAUAGGUGGAAUACAAGUCAAGCAGGAAAAUCAACAAUCCCAGUGUGCUCAGAGCAAGAGGCAGGAAAGCAUCUUGGCCUCUAUGGAACAAAGUCUGAGGCAGUACCAGCUUUCACCUGUGUUUGAGAAGAAAUCACUCGUCAUCAAUGCAGCAAACAAAGUCAAAGUGGAAUCUUCUGGCCCUAUCACAAUCCUUUCAACCAAUACUGACCUGGGUGGAGUUGAAUCAUAUGCAGCUGCCUCAGCCCCAGUAGCUCCAAAAAGACCACAUGAUUCCACUCCUAAGAAGGAAAACCUCCUACAGAGCUUUAUGGACUCACCUAUGAAGCUGCUGGAUACACCUAUAAAGAAUCUACUGGAUACCCCCGUGAAAACGCAAUAUGAUAUUGCAUCGUGUCACUGUGUUGAACAAAUCAGUGAGAAGGAUGAAGGCCCAUACUACACUCACCUGGGAUCAGCACCUAGUGUUCCUCUUAUACGGGAGAUGAUGGAGAAAAGGUCUGGUCUCACUGGUAGCGCUCUCAGGAUUGAAAAAGUAAUAUUUACCGGCAAGGAAGGAAAAAGUACACAGGGGUGUCCCAUAGCCAAAUGGGUGAUUCGUCGAUCCAGUGUAGAUGAAAAGCUACUGGUGCUGGUGCGGGAACGUACUGCUCACACUUGUGAGACAGCUUGCAUCAUUGUGGUAAUCCUGGUCUGGGAAGGCGUCCUACCCAGCGUAGCUGACCGCCUCUACCUCGAGCUAAGUGAAACUCUAAAAAAGCAUGGAGCCCUCACCCAGAGACGCUGCGCUCUCAAUGAGGAGAGGACCUGUGCAUGCCAGGGGCUAAACCCUGAUGCCUGUGGAGCAUCCUUCUCUUUUGGCUGCUCUUGGAGCAUGUACUACAAUGGAUGCAAAUUUGCCCGAAGCAAAAUCCCAAGGAAAUUCAAGCUACUAGGAGAUGAUGUGAAGGAGGAAGAGAAACUUGAUCACAACUUGCAAAAUUUGGCAACCUUACUGGGUCCCUUGUAUAAAGAUAUGGCACCUGAAGCUUAUGGAAACCAGGUAGAACAUGAACAAAGGGCACCAGAUUGCCGUCUGGGCCAUAAGGAGGGCCGACCAUUCUCUGGAGUCACUGCUUGCCUGGACUUCUGUGCCCACGCUCACAGAGACCUCCAUAACAUGCAGGGUGGCAGUACUGUGGUGUGCACAUUAACAAGCGAGGAUAACCGUGAGAUUGGAAAGAUUCCAGAGGAUGAGCAGCUCCACGUUCUGCCUCUUUAUAAGGCUUCCAAAACUGAUGAAUUUGGCAGUGAGGAGGGUCAACAAGAGAAAAUCAAGUCAGGCGCUAUCCAAGUCCUGAGUGCAUUUCGCCGUCAGGUGCGCAUGCUUGCAGAGCCCGCCAAGUCUUGCCGGCAAAAGAAGCUGGACGCUAAAAAGGCAGCUGCCAACAAAAAUGCCAUGUUGGACAGCGCUAAUGAUAAGGCAGAGAAGGCCCUCCUGGCUAAGACAAAAGCAGGCACUUACGAGAAUAUCACUCACAGCACUCCUAUGGCAGGACGUAUUCCAGGUGCAGUUGGAGCAACCUAUCAUCCAGGGCAGCCAACACACCACCUUGGGAUCCAUCCUCAGCAACUACAACAACAGCACCAGAGUAUUCUACCCCCUUAUCCUGGCUCCCCAAAUGCAGCCAACUACCCCAGGUUCCCUAACCAUCCUGGGUCUUUUCCAAGCACUUCCAAGCCAGGCAGCUUGUAUCCCCACCAGCCGCCAACACCAGCCAGCCCUUAUCCUUCCCCACUCCAUGUACCAAACUCUUACAUUAAUGGAUCAAAUCGUCCAUUCCCAGGUUAUCAAUGUAAUGGAGGAAUGCCCCUUGACAAUUACCAUCCAUACUAUACUUCAAACCCAAAGCACCUAGACAUGUACCGACAACAGCGGCCAGUGCUUUAUUCAGAGCAGCAGUAUGGUGCACAUCAACGUUAUGACGUCGCUUAUCCCCCAAGGUACAAUGAGCCAGGUUUACAGGUAAAUGGUUACAAUGCAUGCAGCAUGAGGCCAGUACACCCCAUGAGACCCUAUGGCCCUUAUGGUCCUAAUGGAGCCUCAGAACCCCAGUUUAUGGACCCCCUGUCCAGAGCACCAUCAUCCCAUGGAGGUCUAGAAUAUAACGCUGCUGUAAGCAAAGGCAAUCAGUUUGGAGGAUACCAAAAUCCAUACCUGUCUCGGAGCCCUCAAAUUUUACCACCAGGCCAAGAUCCUUUCCAUAUGCAAAUCAAGACAGAGAUGAGCAUGCCUAGCCCACAGAUUUCUUCUCAGUUAGGUGGUGGGUGUUUAAACCGCGAGACACAGCCAGGGGUAGGUCUGCCUAAUGGAAGCCUCAUGGGCUCUGGUAUUAAGCAAGAGCCUGGAACACCACCGACACCCACAACACCAAAAAAACCAGAGAUGUGGUCAGACAAUGAGCACAACUUCUUGGACCCAGAUAUUGGUGGUGUGGCACUGGCCCCUAGCCAUGGCUCAGUUCUGAUUGAGUGUGCAAAACGGGAGCUCCAUGCAACAACACCCCUCAAAAAUCCAGACCGCAACCACCCAACUCGCAUCUCCUUGGUAUUUUACCAGCACAAAAAUAUGAAUGAGGCCAAGCAUGGUUUGGCACUGUGGGAAGCCAAGAUGGCAGAAAAGGCUCGAGAGAAGGAGGAAGAUGCAGAAAGGAACGGUGGCGAGGGGACACCUAGCAAGGGCAACAAAAAGGGGGUGAAGCGGGAACAUGUUGAGUCAACAGAUCCCAGUGUUCCGCCUCCUUACAAGCGUUUUAUUCAGGCACUAAUGGAGGGGUCCUUGUCAUGCACAACAAACACCUAUGUCAGUACAACUCCAUACGCCUUCACCAAGGUCACAGGACCUUACAGUAAGUUUGUGUAGAAAACACUCACGAUGAAGAAAAGUGAAGGGGCUGCAUAAAUGAUAAACAAAAGACUUUAAGCACCACUGGCCUCAUUUAAACACUCCUUCCUAUCCAUAAACUUAACAACAGCAUUGUAUAGAAAAAGGAACCUGUGAACAGAUGAAAUCACAUUUCACAUCAGGUCUUUCACCUCUUUAACAAUCAAGCUUUACGAGUUGACCCUACCAAGGAUGUAUUUAUUUUUGUUUGACAACUUUUGAAAAAUAGUGUCAAAUUCUCUGGUGCUUUAGACAGAUACAUAAGGACCUAUUUUUACAGAAACAAAGUUCUCUUUCUUUAAUGGUGGCUUUAUUUUUUUUUACAAAUAUUUGGAGAUGUCGAACUUGGCAUGACACACUGACUUUGUAAAUUUCAACAUUCAUGGUGCUAUGAAGUGUGCUUAAUACCAUUUCUUUUAAAUCAAAUGCCUUCACACAAUACCAUAACACACUCUACGAUUGACAACACUUUUUAAUAAUGAAAGUUAAAUGUUUUGGUAAUAUGGUUAUAUUUUUAAAUCAUAAAAUCUGAUUUUAUUGCUCUUAUAACAGUAAUUAAUUCCCUAGCAAAAUGGCAUUUUGAUUGACAAAUUUAUUAGAGGAUUGUAUGAGCAAUCCAUGAAAUAAGUUGAGUUCACAACGAUCAUUGUGUUGGUGCUUCUUUCCCUUUCCUAUGUCAUUUUUACUGUAAAUUGAGCCAUACUAAAUGGUGCAUUUUUAACAUUUUGAGAAAAACUUUGCAAUUGAGUUAUUUUAAUAUUUACCAGGUUUACUAUAUUGUUAGCAACUGUUUUUAAUGUUCCCUACUGUAGGUUCAUUGAACAAGCCUGGAUUGUGAAUAUUUCGUGUAGUUUUGUCUUUCGUGCUUAGUAAAUAUGCUUUUUAUACACUGAGGAACAUGAAACAGGGUAGGCUCAGUGUCAGUUUCAGAGGGCAGCUGGCUUGCUGUGGGGUCUUUAAUUAUUGUAAUCUAACUGUAAGAUAAACAUUUGAGAUUUGUACAGUAAAUUAAUUUCCCGUUUUGGAAUUGCUGUUAUAGAUUUUGUGUUUUGUGUAAAAAUGCAAACUGUAUUCUUUGGGUUUCAACUGACUUUUUCAUAAGGUGCUAUUCAACCUACUAGACGCAUACAAUGUGAGACUCUUGGGGCAGUGAGAAGGCUUUUAAAUGAUGUUUAGUACAAACCUGUAAUACCUCAAAAUUAGUUUGGCAAUAUGAUUAUAACAUUUUUCCUUCUUCCUCUGUAUAUUACUUUCAAAAUGUUGAGAACAGCUUGGCUUAAGCCCACUCAAAAAAGGCAUAAAAGUUCAUUUCUUACUUUCUUAUCAAUCUGCUAGAAAGUAUCACCUGAACUUGAAUCUUUGAUGUUACUGUAAAAUCAGGGACAUUUUAAACUAAUGUGUACAUCUUCAUCGCCUGUGUUCAACUUAUCUUCUCAUUCAGGGACUUGCCAUUGCAUCCCGAACUAUUGUCUAUUCCACACAGAUGAAAUUAUUUCCCUGCAAUCCUUUACCUAUAUUUUAGCUAGAAUGAUGGUGGUAAUCUAUUAAAAGUAAUUGAACAUAUAUGCACUGAGCUGAUUAAAGGGAAAGUAUGAUAUUGACUAAGUUAAAAGCAAUGCAUUUGCUUUUGCUUUGAGGAAAGACCAGGGCAAUGAUUAACGUAAUUGCACAUCUUUGUGCCUGUGUAUAGUUAAAUUUAUUUAUAACCACUAAGCAAUUGUAUAAUGAUUUUAUUCCCUGAUUAAUUAAUGCGACAUAUAAAGGAAUGACUCAUGUUAUGGUAACAACUUUCCCCACUCUUUAACGUAUUCAUUUUCUGCAAGCACUUCAUUUCUUUUUCAGGAAAAAAAUAUGUAACAAAGAAUUACAAACAUUUUAUUUAAACAGAUUGUAAAUGUGUUAAAAAAAUAAAUAAAUUAUGUCACAGUGUACAUACCGAGAAUUUGUAUUGCAAGAAUACAACUAAUUCUUCGAUGUUGAUGUAUGAUCUUCUUUUCUGUCAAUUUGACCCACAGCUUCUCAUCAUAUCUUAAAAUAUCCCUUUUACUCUUUCAGGUUAAGAGAAUGAUCAUAGUUAGAUUAUCCAGGAAGUCUUUGUAAAUAUUACGGUCACUGUCACAGCGAUGUUUACAGUUAUAGUAACCUGUUAGCUACGACAUUAGAAGGUCUAGGUUUUUUUCUUUUAACUGUUCCAAUUUUGUAAAAUAAAUCUACAUAAAAAUGUUGAAUUUCAUUGUACAGGACCCAGCUACAGUAGCAGGUUGUGGUUGAGAAAGCCGAGGUGUCUAAGAUAUAGCGGGUUACAAGCAUAGCCAUACUUGAAGAUGCUUCAGAGUGUUUCUAAGUGAGUCAACAUUACUUGAAUAACUUUCUGGGUUUAACUUGUGCACAAUAUGUGCUCAGCUCAAAGGUUAAGCUAGCAGUUGAUACACACUUGGUUUUUUUGCAGUUAGACACUAAAAGGUAUAAAAAAAAUAAAAGUGCAACUUUUUGCCUGUCAUUUUAUUUUUUUAAGGCUUUCCUAGUUCUUCUGAAGUUUGGUAUGCUACAAAAAAUGGAAUUAAGGAUGGGUAUUAAUACUGUAAGUAUUGUAAUGUACUGAAUGCAGUUUAUUUGAAAGCUGUUUAUUAUAUCAUUCCUGAUAUUGCUGAGAUG